ACCACCACUCCCCUCCAGACUGCGACGUCAUCGUCAUCGCACAUCACAUCAUCGGACACGUGAGUGUGCUUGGACGUGUGAGCGCUCGUGCUUGUGCAAUAACGUCACAGCGCCGUGCAUGCCAUUUCUGCCGUGCUGCAAGCCGCGACGACCCCGCCUUGGCCGCAUCGGACGCCAGCAAGCCAUCGACGAGGGCGACGGCGACGACGACACCACCAGCAGUGACAUGGACGAGGAAACUUCUGUGCGGGCGCCACUGGUGCCGGCCCCAAAGUCGGAUCGCGGGGACUUUAACAUGUUGCUGUGGGCUCUGAUGCUGCUGGAGGGUGUGGGCGUCUUGUUUCCGUGGAACGCGUUCAUCACUGUCACCGAGUACUUCUCAACCAAGCUCGACGGCUCCCAUUUUGAGUCGAACUUUGAGAACUACUUCUCGUUCACGUUCCAGCUGUUCAACAUCCUGUUCCUAAUUGUGGAUGUGCUGUAUGGCAACAAGUUCAAGACGCGCACGCGGAUCCUGAUUCCGCUCUGUGUGCAGCUUGUUGUGUUUGCGCUCAUGACAGUCUUUGUCAAGGUUGACAUGGCACCCAACACGUUCUUUGGGGUGACGCUUGUGCUUGUCAUCUUUGCUGGAGGGGCGACUGCGUUUCUGCAGGGCGGGUUCUUCAGCCUUGCUGCUGUGAUGCGCAGCAAGUACACGCAGGCGCAGAUGACGGGGCAAGGGCUUGGCGGGCUGAUUGUGUCGCUGCUGAAUGUGCUGACGCUUGCAGUUGGCGGGAAGAAGAACAACGCGGAGAACGCAGCCUUCAUCUUCUUCAUCAUCGCCGUCGGCCUCAUCGCCAUCUGCAUCGUUGGGUUCCUGUACAUGAUCAACUCCAGAUAUGUGAAGAUGAUGGAGAAGCGAAACCGCCUCGUGCGCAGACAGUCAAUUGAAAGCAUCCAAUCAUCUGGGGGCGACACGUCCACGUGGGCGCUGGCAAAGUCCGCCGUCGCGCAGACGAAGCUGCCUGCCAUCAUGGUGAUGACGACGUUUGCCAUCACCCUCGCCAUCUUCCCUGGCAUCACAGACCGCAUCCAGUCCACUGCGGAUCCUGAGACGCUGUGGGCGAAGCGGUACUUUGUUCCUGUGACGUGCUUUGUGUUCUUCAACCUCGGCGACACGAUUGGGCGGUCGCUGUCGCUGUGGUGGGAGUGGCCUGGAGUGCGCAACUAUCGCAAGCUCCGCAUCCCCGUGUUUGCCCGCGUUGUCUUCAUUGUCCUCUUUCUCUUCUGCAACGUCCAGCUCAGCGACACCGGGGAGUCGAAGAUACCUGUUGGGUUCAAGAGCGACGCGUGGCCGUCUGUGUUUAUGCUGGUGAUGGCAUUUACCAACGGCUACUUUGGCAACCUGUGCAUGGAAUACGGACCACAGAUUGCUGAUGAGCACAACCAGUCGAUGGCUGGAGCGUUUAUGGCGCUGUCGCUGACGGUUGGGCUGCUGCUGGGCACGCUGAUCAACUUUGCUCUCAAGGCCAUUCUGUGCGGAUGUAACCCAUUUGUGUCUGGGUGACGCCAGUGUUUCCACCUCCACCAGUCAACGUGCCGUUGUUCUGGGCCCCCUCCCUUUUCCGCUCUGCUUCCCUUGUCUUGUGUGGCUCUGUUGUGUUGUGACGUGGAGUGCCUGAUGUGUGAGUUGCGAUUCCCUUUUGUAUGAUUUGCUUUGCUUGUCUCUGUGUGUUCAUGCAUGCACGAUGUAGUUGUGUGCAGUUGUGUGUUCCUUGUGAGAGUUGUUCUUCGCAUUGUGUUUAUCGUGUAAUUGGCAACCAUGAAUGAAGCAUCAGCGCGUA